ACGCGCGCUCUUUAGUCAGAAAAGGGCCGUUCUUCGCACUGCUUCGGCCUCCGCACACUUAUGACGUCUUGUGGUACAGAAGCAGUUAAAUGAGGCAAUGAGCCAAGUACAGCCUUUUCCUGCACAGAGACCGUGCAAAGUCUGCCCCCACCCUUUCCAUUCAAACCCUCCAACAAGGAGGCCGCCUCAGCCCUGACUGACAGGAAAGACGACCAAUGUGCUUCCUGUGUGAGGAGAAUGCGGACAGCUGCAUCCUCAGAUGACAGCACAGUGUGUGUUUGUGUCACUGUCACCUGCGCACACACAACGAGGCUGACAACGGUACUUUGAUGAACCGGCCUCUUUGGCACAGACUGUUUUACAUCUACCUCAUUGGCGUGGUAUUGACUAUCGGACAGAAGACUGGAUAAGUGACCGGUGAAGACUGGAGCAUCUUUGUGCCGUCUCUACAAAAACAAACAAGCAGUAUAGCAGAAGAUGUCACGCCGCAGCAAGCGCCUCAGCACUCUGGAUCAGGAAGAUGACAGGAACAGCACUAGCAGCUUGGAGAGUCAUGUGUUGUAUAGAGACAGUCCUGUCAGGAGUACAAGGAGAAAAGUGACCACCAUCAAACGAGCUCCCAUUCCCCAACCGACCACGGAGCAUACAUACUACAGUGAGACAUCUACAUAUGUUAGUCGGGACCGCGGUGGUUUGUCUUCCUCCCUAAAGGAAACGGACUAUGAAGGCUCUACAUGGGGAGAGAGUGACUUGGUACGGAAAAGGCUUGGGAUAGAUAUUUCCCACCUCGGCAGCAAGAAUGGCUUGUCAGAUAGACAGACAACGUAUGACAAAUCUCCUUCAUCUUCUGGUUAUUCUUCAGAGGAGGAUUACAAUGGCCACUCUCGUUCUCAAGAAGGUUUUUCUCGUGUCACUCGUUGGAAAUGGUGGGCCCAGCAAAUGAAGGAAGUGCCUUGGCUUUUGUUUUCCUAUCCAGGUCAGGUAUUCGGACUCUUUUACUGGUGGAUUGGUACAACCUGGUAUCGUAUGACCACCUCUGCUUCUCUUCUUGAUGUCUUUAUUUUAACCCGGCCUUAUAAUUUUCUAAAGAAAGCACUGUUGAUUCUACUACUUCUUCUAAUUUUGGCUCUGAUGGCUGCAGGGUUAUGGCAUUAUUACCCAUUUGGACUUCGUGGUUUGUUAUCUGUUCCAAUGGCUGCAUUUUCUGGCUCACAAAAAAUUGCAGAAGACAGUGCCUUUAGAGGAGACCGUCCAGGACCCCAACUAGAGCCUCUAAAAUUCCAGGCUGAAGUAAUGUCUCGCAUGAAGUCUCUAGAAAAAAGGUUUCAGGGCCUAGAGGAUGAACAAAAAUUGUUAAGAACUAUGGAAUUGGCCUCCACCACAGACACUGGAAUAAAUCGAGAAGAGGUUAUUCAGGUUUUCAAAGGUCUUUCCAGCUCCAGAGAUUCAGCUUUAAGAGAAGAGAUUCUGCAAGAAGGCACAGAGAAAACAAAGACUGCAUUGAUAGGACUAAGACAGGAGCAACAAGAUCAUCUGGAGGACAUUCUUCAAAAAAUGCUUCAAAUGUCUAAGGAUGUCGAAGACCAGAUUUUGCAGCUCAGGGCAGAGGUUAAAAGCCCACCUCAGGAAAGUUUAAGGGAACAUUUCCUGCAAGACUUGGGAAAACUGGAGACAAAACUCCAACAUCUCCAGCAAGAGUUGGAAGCUGUUAGAAAGAGCCAGGGUGAUGUUUCUCAGCAAAUGGCAGCCAUUCCUGGCAAGAUAAAAGGAGUCAGGGAUGAGGUGCAAACUCUAUUCCCAACCUGGCUGUUGAGUAACUUGAAGUCAGAGCAAAUGGUUUCCAGUUCACUCUCGAAUACCUUCCUCCGCCGGGAUGAGCUACAGAAACCAUUAUUGGAUUUGGAAAAAAAAAUCCUUGCUGCUGUGGCUGCAGACAGUAAACUUCAGGGAUCUCGGGCUCAUAUAACCAUAGACAAGGAGCUACAGGCAAGCGGACUGUCCGGAGUAUCGCGAGAGGAGGUGUAUGAAAUUGUAAAUCGUGCCCUCCAGAGAUAUAGUGAAGACCGAAUUGGUUUGGUGGAUUAUGCCCUGGAAUCUUCAGGAGCCAGUGUUCUAAACACUAGGUGCUCUGAGACCUAUGAAACCAAAACUGCCCUUCUCAGUCUGUUUGGGGUUCCACUAUGGUAUCAGUCACAGUCCCCACGAGUCAUACUUCAGCCAGAUUCAAACCCAGGUAACUGCUGGGCUUUUAGAGGAUCUCAAGGGUAUGCUGUAGUUCGUCUUUCUAGUCGCAUCCGACCAACGGCUGUCACAUUAGAUCACAUCCCUCGUUCCUUGUCUCCAAAGUCCACAAUUUCAAGUGCGCCAAAGGAUUUCGUUGUAUAUGGUUUAGAGGAAGAAACACAGAAAGAAGGUGUUCUUCUUGGAAACUUCACCUACAGUCAAGAUGGAGAUCCUAUUCAGACUUUUCCUAUUAAGGGUGAAAAUCUUUCUACUUAUGAGCUUGUGGAACUGAGAAUACAAAGCAACUGGGGUCAUCCGGAAUAUACCUGUGUCUAUCGAUUCCGUGUCCAUGGAGAAGCAGAUGUGUUGUGAAGACUGAAUGGCCUUACAAGGUCCUUAGCAGAAUAGUGUUGUAUUGCUGAGCAGCUUUUGCUCUGUACUGCCAGCAUGACUGGAUGCAGUAUUAUCAGAAAAAAUAACCUGCCUCACUGCUGCAUUGCCUAAACAGAUUUCCCAGGAACACUGAUAUACAGUAUAUUACCCCAGAAAGGCUGUUGAACAGCUUUAUUGCAACCUUCACAAAGAAGAGACUACAUUGGUCUACAUAUUUAAUUUGAUAUGCUAAGCAUCUCUGUGAUGAGCAGAAAAUGUACAGUUUCGUUAAACUUUUGUAUUCACAGUAGGAAAAUAACAUAAACGUCUACACACCCAGGACGUAUCGCUGCAUUGUCCACGUGAUACCUGCAUGCCAUAUUCUAAACAGUAGUCAUGCUUUAGCUAAGAAAAUUCUAGUGAUAAUCUAAAACUUUCUUAAAGGCGAGGAGCACUGCGACAGUCAAUUAACUUAAACUGUUGAUGAUUCCAUCUCAUUCUCAUUGUUUUUCCACUUUGUGUACUGUAUAUUAUUCUGUGACAGAGGCAAUCUAUUUCUCUUGCUCUUCCAUUGGAGUGGAUUGGCUCACAGAAUAUGAGUAUUUUGGGUAACAGGAGGUCCUGCAAUGAUCAAGUCAUUGGUUUGCAACCCACUAAGAAACACGUGUAUGGCCAGUUGUAGUCCUUUAAUGUAUUAUGGUCAUGAAACGCCCACAAUUUUGUAUCCUAAUCAUGUUUACAUUAUUCUGUCAAUGAGGACUGUCAUUAUGGUACAAACAUUUUUUUCCAGAUUACCACAAUGGUACAUAUAUAUAGUUCUGAAUAGAUGAAGUUGAGAGAAUGAAAAGAUGUGGCGGCAGUAGAGUAGGUAUGUGAACUCCUUGUUUGUAGCCUAUGUCUGCAUUUGAGGAGAGAAAUGUAAAAUCUUGAAAAUGUAUAUCACUUUUUAUAUGUAUGUUUGGAGUCGAAUACCGAAGUUAAAUGACCUACAAAUAAUGAAGGGUUCCUUUUUGCACUCAAUGACCCGGAUUUUAGCACUGAUAUUAAAUGUCAAUUUGCUUGCCAUUUAAAAGGCAGAUAUGUAAACUUUCUUAGUAUUGCUGUUCACUGUGUUCAGUCAUUAAUAAUGGCUGAUGGAGCAACAUGUUCAUUUCUAGUGUUUCUAAAAAUAUGGUUAAGGAAAUAUGAAUUUUGACAUUAUUCAUGAAAGUUUAAGUGUAUCUAAACUCAAAAGCAAAAACGUUAUGUAUUGCAGCUUACCAAACCUAAAAUGUGGUGGCUGUAUUGUUUGUUUUUUUUAUCUAGUGUUUCAGCCAGUAAGUCUGUUAUUUUUCAGCUUUCUUUAACAGACCAAGCUGUCCAGAAAAACGUGGAUACUAGAGGGAUAAAGCAUUGCUAGGGGUGCUUACAAUGGCCAGCACUUACUCGUUUAUGUACAGCCUUGCAUAAAAUGAAAAAGCUGUUUCUGUAACUGCUUAAAAAGUGUUAGCUGGAGUUCAGCUUUAAUUUGAUUGGUCAGGGUCAUCUAAAAUUGCUAGUGUAUCAAACACUACCUUCUACCUAGGUUGACAAUCCUGCUGUCUAGGGGUGGCUCCAUUGCUCCUCCAAGGAGUGAAGACACCCUAAGACAGGAAGUGUGUUAAAUAGGAGCUCAAGACUCCUUCAGAAAAAAAAUAAGUCAGCAGCUACAAUACUGUAAUUUUAAUAUGAGGACACUUGCCUGUCUAGGGAUCCUGUGAUGUCCUCACCCAAGCCGAUUCUUUAAUAAUCAGCAUUGGGUGCAGGCCCCAGUAUCUCUAGUAAAGGAAACAGAAAGUGAAGCAGUUUCCUACUGAAAAUGCCCCCCCACCCCACCCCGCUUCCCUUUUUGGGUGGCGUUCUGGUUUAAUGUCCAGAUCACCAGGUGACAUGACAAGAAAGGUAACAAAAAGCCUACAAUACAAUAUGAACUAGUGCAGCCCCCCACAUUUAAGGUAUGAUAGGCAGCAAUAUAUUCUUAUUUGGUUUAGAUAUGCUUUCACUUAUGUCUGCUAUUACCUCCCACUGACUCAUUUAUUGUGAAACAAGUUUUGCCCAAAUUAGUUAUUUCCUGGUAAGUGUUGAUUCCCCUUUAAUGACCAUCUCUAACCAGUAUAACCAAGACAUUUGGAUUCAGUUGUUGUGCACUGCUUUCUCUCUGUUUCUGCAUAUAUGGACCCCAGCCACAUGAAGCACAUAUACAGAUCAUGGGUAACGACUUGUAUUGGACUGCUAUCACAGAAAAUUAUAAUUGUAGGCAGUUAAUACAUGUAAUGGUAUUAUCCAGUAUUCGAGUUCCCUGCUAAGGUUGCUUUACAAUGGUUAUCUUUUAUUUAGAUUUUUUAAGGGCUGGUUCACACCAGAUGCAGUCAGGGCCGCUGAUAGGGCAGAACAGCCAGCCCUAUUGUACCGGGCCCGCCCCCAUCAGCUACACAGUGGGGCCCGGGCAUUAUUACAGUUCGUUACUGCAUUU